UCAUCACUGCCGUAGAGGCAGGAGACGAGGUCAAGGUCAGUGACUUCUUCGCCAGGGGAGGAGACCCCAAGGUGACCACCUCCACUAACGAUGGUGGGUCGUGGUGCCUGGUGGCAGUGGCUGCCCGCCAUGGCCGCGCCCACCUCCUGCCCUGCCUGCUGGGGGCGGGGCUCAGCGUGGAGGGCAGCGGCACUGACGACCGAACACCACUGAUGGUGGCUGCCAAGAAUAACCACAAGACGACGGUAAAGAGGCUGCUCAGCCUUGGUGCCGACCCGCUGGCUGUUGACAAAGGAGGAUGGACGGCCCUCCACCACGCUGCAGGGCGGGGCCAGGAUGAUUGUGUGCGUGUACUCCUUGCCGUCAGUGACGUUAAGGCCACGACCAUAGCUGGCAGCACACCCCUGCACUGGGCUGUGUGGGCAGGGUAUCUGGAGACGGUGAAGCUGCUGACGAAUGAGGACGUGACGGUCCUCGACACGGAGGACGAGGACGGAAACACCCCGCUGGACGAGGCCACGAUGCACGGCCAGCAUGCCGUGGAGGCCUGGCUGGCCAAGAAGAGCGGCGCGGUGCACAUGGACGCCGCCCGCUGCCUGCGCCUCAUG